UAGACGACGUGCCAAGCCAAAGAUGACGCGCGCUAACCUCCUCGGGUUGAAGACGGUUUCACCAGACGUCAUUCUGCCGAAGCGCAAAGAGGCAGCUUGGUCUUCUGCCUAUAUACAGGCCCAAUACAGAUAGCAGGAUGGAGUAUCGAGCAUCGGUCGUGGAGUGGUCCGUUCUGCAUCUCGAGUUUUUCCACCAAACAACACGAGCCCUGUUUAACCACGACUACCAUACAAUCGAUCAUGACCGCUCGCACCGUCCACAAAUGGCACGUCGCUCUCUUGAGCGCCUUGCUGGUCGUCUCGUUGGCCAGCUUCGGACUCACCGCCGGGUUUAUCGAAUACACCAAGAGAGUUCCGAUUAGAAUUCAAGUGCCGGGCUCGAGAUACAACCUAGGCGGCAUUUACACCAUAUAUGGCAUUUACUUCCACGCCAACGGGUUGGUAGUUGCGGCAGGCGUUAUCACGUUCUUGACUUCUCUCUACUUCUUGAUCGCGAAUACCUUCUCCAUGUACGACGAAAGGCGAACGGCCACAAGCGUAGAGCUCGAGGUGUUCUUCUUGAUCGUCGGAUGGGUCUUGUCGAUCGUCGGAGCGGCCCUGUUCACGAGUAAUAUUCGAUGGACGUCGUGUAACGGGGACAAGUUCUGCAGCUUUGCCACGGCUACGAUGGCUCUAGGUUGGGUGCUGUUCGCCGUCUCGACGGCCACCCUGGGAUUGCUCAUCUACCACGGAUGCUCUAGCCCCAAGAUCAACGGUGAUAACGCCUGGCGCGAAUCUACGCUUUACAGGAGUUCCCGCCAGACUGAAGGGAAUGGGGUUGGUCGGCGGAGGGAGAGUGGCGAUACGGCGGUUGAGCCGAUGAGGAGUCGGGAUGAUGGGAUUGUUGGAAAGGUUACCGUGUGAUAGAGCCAUCAUUCAGAUGAGCUCAGAGACACGAACACGAUUUUCGCAAGUGAUCCAUUGUAAGCUGCCCUCAUACCGUGUAUGUGUUAUAUAAUCUUGUAUAGUCAGAACCAAGUGCCGGC